CGAGGACUAGAGCGAUUCCGAAUCUAUGGCAGCUUCCCUGUGCCUUUCGCGGGCUCGUGUUGUCCCGAAGAUGCUUUCCCAGACUUUCAGGAGAAGAGGUUCUAGAACCUCCAAAAAUAGGCACUGGCGCGGUUACGACAGACUGUGCCUCGUCAGUCUUACCACACGAAACAAUGUGUUGACCAGGCAUGUCAGGCUGUGGCGGUUCAGGAUCCUUUAUCGCACUGCCACGCCAGGAAGAUCUUCCGAUUAUCAGCGGGCUGAGGUAAGCAUCAUCUAAUCUGGGGCGUGGACAUCAUCGUCCUCUGGGACUCGUGAUCAUAAUGGGUGCUAGAAACAUGCGGCCUCAACUGGGAAUAAGCACCCAGCCCACCAAUAUGGGCAUAUCUUAACGCGCGCAGAGGCCGACGCUCCUAAAGCCACGUCGAGAAAUACGGACCAGCGCAGCCUAACUAGCGCAUGUUUCCCCGUCCGAGUCGCAGGGUCUAACUGCAGAGCGUGAUUACGUGUGCACACACUCUCCAACCCCACCUGCUGCCCACAUUCUCUCGUCGAGAGUGCAUGAGACCUACUACCAGCGACGUCGCAGCACUUGCACCGGGCCGGGUCACGCGGACAAGCACUAGCAGAAGGGUCCGCCGCAUCCGGCGCAGCAGACAGAUCGAGCUUGGCGUGCCACUCGGCUGACAUCCAGACAGUCGUUUUUCCGACCGCCUCGCAGGCCGUGCCCUCCUGUGGAUGACCAGCGAGUACUCCAAACGCCAUCUCUUGCUGCACUGCGUGCUGACACCCCGCGCUACCGUGACCAGAUCGACCGUUCAGCGACCGAAUCUGGGCCCCCUUACGCACAUGGAAUCGACGCACUCCGCGAUCUCCUGCACCCGGUCUUCUCUCCUGCUCUGCCGCCCCGCAAAGAAACUGCUCACGACCAUUGCCAUCUCAUUUGCGAUCACGUCGACGCUGCUAUGCUGCCUGCUAGUGUACUUGCAGAAUCGAAGCGUCCGCACUGGGCCGUCGGGCAGCAUCGACAACGCACCGCUGCUGGACCGCCUCGAGAGAGUCCUGCUGUCGGACAUCUUCCUCGUCACAGCCGCGAUCUCGAUCGUGGUCUUCGCCGUCUCGGAACUCUGGGAAACAUCCCGCAGGCGAGUGCGUUUAGGGCGCACCGAGGAGGAAGCGUCCGGCGGGAGAACCUGGGAAACACACUCACCGGAACGGCGCAAAUGCAACGGCCAGGAACUUAGCUAGGAAACUCGAAACCAGCGCAAUCUAUGCACGUUUGUAAGAUCAGUUGAAGUGAGUUGUGUCACGC